GCCAAGGAAGGAAGACAUUUUGGCUCCAGGCAAAAUUGCAUCAGAUCAGAAUGCGUGGCCACACUGACCAUGGGCUCUCUCUCUCGUAGGCAGAGAAGCAUGCUAAUGUAACUAGCUAUCUGAGGGAGAGAGGGAGCUCUAUCGAUCCAUCAAUAUGGCGGAGCUUGCAACGGGCGCUGUGAACACGCUGCUGGGCGUGAUCCGCAACGAGGCGCGGAGGCUUGGCCGCGUCCAGGGUGACGUGCUGUUCAUCCAGGAGGAGAUGGAGAGCAUGAGGAGCUUCCUGGUGCACCUGGCCAGAACACGCCGGGAGGAGCACGACGAGCAGGUCCGCACCUGGAUGAACCAGGUCCGGAUCCUCGCCAACGACUGCAACAACUGCCUUGACAUCUACCUGUACCGGCGGAAUCCCGACUUCCACCGCCCGAGGAGGGGCCUCAAGCGCUACCUCUGGUGGGGGUGGGCUUUCUGGUGGCUGCGCGAGAUGGUCGCACGGCACCGUGCAGCCAGCCAGCUGCGUGAGCUCAAGGACCGGGCGCGGGACGUUGGGGAGCGGCGGUUGAGGUAUGGCGUGAAGGUCUCCGAUGGGACACCGAGGCGUUCGUCAUCUCCUGGAGCUGUGGCUGAUGCAGGGGCUGCUGCUGGUCUCGCAGAAGCACCACCACACCGUCACAUGGAAGCGGUAACAGAAGACGAUGAAGAAGAAGAAAAGCAUGAAGGAUUAGAAGACGGUGACCACGAACUGGUACCCACCACGGAUGUCGGAAGCUCUGCGAGUACCAAGGUGAAAAACUACUUCAAGAAUAGGCUACUCGACUGGAUAGAAAGCCUCAAGACCAGCGAGACACCAUCAAAACCAACAUUGCCAAUACCAUCCAUCACCUUUGCUCUACCCAACGCAGCGGAGGUUCCUGAGGAUAUGAUUGCGCGCGAGGCUCUGGUUGAGGCACAGCGCCAUUUCAGGAGUGUCUUGGUUGACAUCCCGGACAUGCAUCUGGAGGAUUACUAUCAUGUACCACUACGGCCCAAGGAGAUCCUCUUUUACAUCCUGCGGGCGCUCCGAGACCAGGAACCCCAGGACCAGACACCAGCUUUGCCAAGAAACUGGGAUAUUUACUUGGACAAAAAGGAUUUGCUUCGUGAAAUCAAGGAGGGCAUGCUGGAGUUUGUCGACGAGGAGAUGGUAGCGAUCUACAAAAGGAUUGGCAACCAGAUGCCGCACGACAAGGAAAUAAUGAAGGAUAAAAAGAAAUUGGAAAAAGAUAUUGAGAAUGGGAAGCUGGGCCUAGAUGACCUCCUCUGGCUGCUGAUCACCUUAACUGUGGCUGUGGCCGAACAAGAAGACCAAGCAUGGAAGAAGACAGCCAUACGGACGUUAUCACGAAGGUACGACAGCAUCAUCAGGACAGCAGCCACGAAGCUUAAAGAGGUUCUAAGCAAUAGGCUGAAGAAUAUGAAACAGGCAUCAUCAGAACAGCAGCCACGACAGCAUCAUCAGGAAAGCACAGGCUCUAAGCAACAGGUUGAGUUGGACCCUGAAGAAUAUGAACGCAUCCUGGAGGAAGUAUUCCCGAGGACCGCGACAAGUCCUGGUACCGGUAGCAGUUCAUCGGUAGAGGCUGAAAUCAAAGAAAUGAUCUACACAGUUAAAGAUAUGAUACGGGAGCUACAGGAAUACAACAAAUCUGCUCAGAACAACCAAGAGACAGGUGGACAAACUCAAAUUCAGAAACCCGCUUUUCAAGAAGCCGCGAGGAAGAAGAUAGGGGAAAUCAAGUUGAAGAUAAGAGAGCAGCUAAAGAUCAAAAAGAUUAUGGACGAGAUUCAAAGUAAUUUGCAAGCUGAUAGGAUACUGAUAAUCCUCAAAACCGAUCAGAAGUAUGGAUGGGAGGCGACCAGAAAAACUUUGAGCCUGCUGGGUUCAUCGGGGUGCUUCGCUGGUGCUGCAAUACUCAUGACCACAACCAGAAGAAGUACUCGACAGGCCGAAGAACAUCUCCAAUAUCCACAGCCAGAGCUUAUAGAAUUAUCUGUUGUUGGAUGCUACCUUGAUAUUGUGCGCCAGCAUAUGAGCAAGCACAUGCAUCAAGACAACCUUGAGAUUGUUCGAAACAUAUUGGAAGAUUGUGAACCGCAUGAAUUCUGCAUGAAUAUCUUCGCUCAGGCAAUAAAAGCUAAUCCAAAGAAGAGCACUGAAGAGCUGCAUAAGUUGCACAGCAUCCUACAGAAUAUGCCAAAACGACUGCCCAGCAGUAUUGCCAGGAAGGUGCUCAAGUUCUCCUACAGCGAUCUGCCUAAACAAUACAAGUCCUGCUUGUUGUACCUCGCUAUCUUCCCUCCGGCUUCAGAAUACACGAUCAAGCGGACGACCUUGGUAGGGAGAUGGGUUGCAGAAGGGCUGAUAACCACGGAAGAUUGGAGCUGGUUCAGUUCAGUGACUGAAGCCGAGAACUGCUUUGAUGUGCUUGUCAACCGGCAGUUUGUUCAUCCUGUGGAAAUUGGUGCUACUGGAAGGGUCAAGAGCUGCACGGUGUAUCCUUUCGUGCAUAGAUUCAUUACCAAGAUUGCCAAGAAGCAGCACAUUGUGGAGGCACGCCUAUCACUUCACUUGGCCCGCCACUUCUCCAUUUUCAACGACGUCCGUCUCCGCGGGUCUGAUAAAAUCGAGACAUUCUUGAAGAAAAACAUGCAUGACUUGCCACAAUUCUCCAAGCUCAAGGUGCUUGAUCUAGAAGGUUGCCAUUGCUUCGCUAACAAGGGCUACCUCAAGGACAUAUGCAGUAAGAUACUAAUGCUCAAGUAUCUAAGCUUAAGGGAUACGGAUGUUAACCAACUACCCCGUGAAAUCAACAACCUUCAUGAGCUGGAGGUGUUGGACAUCCGGCAGACCAAGAUUCAUGCGUCUGCAACAAGACAUGUCCUGCUUCUAAAGCUGAAACGUCUGUUGGCUGGCCACAUUAUCCGUACUGGCCCCGGCACAGCCAAGGAUGUCUUCGUCGAGAUUCCUGGGCUGGUUGAAAAAAUGAUAGAUAUGGAGGUGCUGUCCAAUGUCAAGCCACGGAUACGUCGGGAUUUGAGAGACAUUGGAAGUCUAUAUCAGCUAAGGAAACUCGGUGUGGCUAUAAACAAAGAUAGUCUCCUCCAGAGUUUGCUUGACGCGAUUAGUGAUCUACAUGAUUGCCUCCGGUCUCUGUCAAUUACUCUACCAAUACAAAACAGGGCUCCUUCUGGCACAGAACUAAAGCUGAAAAGUCAUCCCAAAUCUCUUGAGAGCCUGAAUAUCAGAGGAAGUACACAAAAGGAGCAGCUUCUUCCAUUGUUGGUCAGAGAGGAUAGUAAACUUACCAAGGUAACUCUAAGCCGCACCUUGCUCAGCCCGGACGAUCUGAAGGUCCUUGCCAACCUUCAAAACUUAGUGUGUGUAAGGCUUCAGCAUGCCGCAUACACCCAUAGUGAACUCACCUUUGAACACGAGUUCGUAAAGCUCAAGGUUCUUAUUGUCGACCACUCUGGAAUCACCAAGAUCAACUUUAAUGGCAAGUGUCCUGAGCUUGAGAAGAUCAUCUGGUCACUCAAUGAAAACUUGUGUGUUCGUCACCCCCUAUCCGGCAUUGAGAAGCUUCGAGGAUUGAAGGAGCUUGAGUUAAUUAGUGAUAUUGCCCCUGAGGUGGAUGAAGAAUUCCAAAAGUAUAUGAAUGAAAAGAAAAUUAUCUAUAAACACAAGAAACGGGAAAAUCAAGACCAAGCACAAGGAAAUAAUGCAAGAGAAGAGAAACAUGGUGUUGCAAUGUGCCCAUCUAUUUGGAAGGUAAAAGGUUGGUGCAGAAGGAACUGAGUCACUGACAGCCUCCCUCCCAUUUUCAUCCAUCCAGUCAUCAUCAAGACUCCCCCAAGUUAGUGCUUGCCUGCACUAGAGUGGUUUGCCAUUGUGUGUUUCUGCAUGCUGCCUAUGUGUAUAUCCUGUAUAUUCUGCAUGUGUGAUGUCGAAUGAGUGGGCCAUGUGUGUGAUCUGGUUACUCAUUCGACAUGUGUGAUUGUGUGGUUGAGAUAAUGCUCAUGGAUCUGGAGUAGUGUGGCUUUCCUCUGAAAUCUCACCAUCAUGUUGCAUGUACGGUUUCGUGUAAUAAAUGUGAUGCUUUGCGCACAUUUGAUUGUUAAUAUAUUAUUGUGUGGUACAUUGUUCUA